AUGCCGCAAAUCGUCACAUAUUCCACACAGACCAUCAAAAGAUUAUGCAGCAAAUGCACAGCACGGAAGAAGAGCCAUGCCCACAAACACGCAAAACACAGAAACAGUAAGAGAGUUGGGAAAAGCAGCAACCAAAGCCAUUCUUUGUGGAUGCAAAUGAUAAUGGCACCAAACAACGCGAAGCACCAGUCGGGCACCACAUGUGGGCCACAGACACACCCACCCACCCAUUCACUCUUCCUCCUCCCAAUGGUGUGGCCCUCCUUCACCUCCACGAGCACGCCUGUCCCUCAGUUAUGUGUGCCUCCAACGCAAGCACUCAAGGUGCGUUUCGGUAAUCCAAAAUUCAAUACCUAUGAAAAACAGAGGAAAUGCUCGCAGAGGCCACACGGCUCCUCAACGCACCUUCAGGCCCUCCUCACGACUCUUCAAUGCGAUGGAGAGGAGUACAGGCGGCUCUCGUGUCACAGAGGACGGCCAAUGGGAGCGGUUUUCACAGCGCAGAAAAUGCCAAGAUGUGAAACAGAAGAGGCUGUGGGAGAAGGGAGGCUCGCAAAGUCCGUCACCUGCCAUGCCUGA